CUAAUAGUUGUGAAAGACCCAGGCCAGAAGAGAGGUUGAGCUGAGCCAUAUCCAUCAAAAUUACACCAUGUCAGGGAAAAGGCAAAGACGAUCCAGUUCCAGAAGAACCAAACUUCAAUUUCCCAUUAGUCAAGUGAAUCGCUUCCUUCGAGAAGGCAACUGGUCCCAGCGCCUGAGCUCUUGUGCUUCUGUGUACCUGACUGGUAUAGCGGAGUACUUGUCAUCCAACAUUCUUGGGCUGGCUGCUAUGGAAGCCCACAUUAACGGCAAGAAAUGCAUCACCGCAGAGCACUUGCAUCAGGUGAUACAAAGUGAUGAAGAGCUCCAUCAACUCUUCACAGAAGACGCCACAUCUGUGGUUGCUUUGCUAGACCCUAAAGGGAACUGAUGUUGCCUGGGUCUUAUAGGGUGGAGGGUAUAUCCCUUCAGCCUCAAACAGUCCCUAUUCUCCACUAAUUAGGGGAGCUAUUGAUACACGCCAAUAAAACAUCUAGACUG